UGACGCCGUGCGACUGACUAGCAGAACAGGAUUUGCAAGGGCAAGUCUCCCUCUCGGCUUGCUGCAGAGUGUGUCAGCGCUCGUUUUUCUUUUCGUAGCAGGCUCAAGGAACUUAUUGGCUGCCUUGCCAUUCCUACACGAACAGUCCACUACGCCGUUAGAUAAACUUCGUUCUUGUCAACUGAAGACGGACAGAAAGGGAGUGUGUGAGAAGAGACUAGAAGCAAUCAGGGUCGCUUUUCACAACCGGGCCUUUGCAGACCAACCAGCGUUUCCGCUAAGAACGCUACUUCAUUCCGCCCUUUGUUCCCCCAUUCCGACAACUCUAAGGACCGGACCCUCCACCCUCACCCGCACCACCACCCUGACCCACUACCACUGCCAUGUCAAUCUACAACUUCAAGAAGGUCCAGGUGGUACCGACCGCCUCAGACUUUGUCGACAUUGUUCUCUCCAAAAUUCAAAGGAAGACUCCCACAGUCGUUCACGCCCACUACCAGAUUUCUAGGAUUCGCCAGUUUUAUAUGCGGAAAGUCAAAUUCGCUCAGGAUUGUUUCGAUGAGAAAUUGGAUCAUAUUCUGUUGGAGUUUCCUAAAUUGGAUGAAAUCCACCCGUUUUAUGCGGACUUGAUGAACGUGUUGUAUGACAGGGAUCACUACAAGCUUGCUCUUGGACAGAUCAACACGGCAAAACACCUGAUAGAUAAUGUUGCAAAGGACUACGCCCGUCUGUUGAAAUUCGGAGACUCCCUCUACCGUUGCAAGCAGCUGAAGAAGGCGGCCCUCGGACGUAUGGCGACCAUCAUGAAGAGGCAGAAGGACAGUUUGGCGUACCUCGAGCAGGUCCGACAGCAUUUGGCUAGGUUGCCGUCUAUCGACCCAAACACCCGUACUCUGCUCGUGUGCGGCUACCCGAACGUUGGAAAGUCGUCGUUCAUGAACAAAUUGACCAGGGCUGAGGUUGAGGUGCAGCCUUAUGCUUUCACGACAAAGAGUCUGUUUGUUGGGCACAUGGAUUACAAGUACCUCAGGUGGCAGGUGAUUGAUACCCCAGGAAUUCUCGACCACCCUCUCGAGGAGAGAAAUACCAUCGAGAUGCAGUCCAUCACGGCCCUCGCCCAUUUACGUGCAUGCAUCAUGUUCUUCAUGGAUCUUUCUGAGCAGUGUGGCUACAGCGUCGCCGACCAAGUGGCGCUUUUUCAUGCCAUCAAGCCUCUUUUUGCCAACAAGCCCACCCUGCUCGUCGUGAACAAGAUCGAUGUGAUGCGCCCAGAACAGUUGGCGCCUGAGCAAAAGGCAUUAUUGGACGACAUUGCGGCUUUGGACAACGUCACCAUGGUCCAAAUGAGCACAUUCACCGACGAGGGUGUGAUGGACGUCAAAACCAUGGCCUGCGACAAGCUCCUCGCCUCCCGUGUCGAGAUGAAGAUGAAGGGCAGCAAAGUCACCGACAUCCUCAACAAACUCCACCUCUCCCAACCCAUCGCCCGUGACGACCGCGACCGUCCCGCCGCCAUCCCCGACUCCGCAAAGACCCGCGUCAAGUACGACAUCAACGACCCCAACAGGCGGACGCUCGAGAAGGACAUUGAGCGCGACAACGGCGGCGCCGGUGUGUUCAACGUCGACCUUAAGAAACCCUACCAGCUCGACGACCCCGAAUGGAGAUACGACACCAUCCCCGAGAUCAUGGACGGCAAGAACGUCAUGGACUUUGUCGACCCGGACAUUGAGGCCAAGCUCGACGCCCUGGAGCGCGAGGAGGACCGUCUCAUUGCCGAAGGGUUCUACAACGAGGAGGAGGAGAUCCUCGACGACGACGCGAUCGCGCUCAAGGAGGCUGCCAAGGAGGUGCGCGCCAAGACGGACCUCAUCGUGCAGGCCCACCGUGCCGGCAAAGGCAAGAACCGCCCCGUCAUCCCGAUCAAGAAGCAGGUCGGGCGGAACGUGGCCCAGCUGGAGCAGCAUCUCGCGGGGAUGGGCGUCGGGUCGGAUGCGGCUGUCGAGCGCGCACGGAGCAGGACUCGUAAGCGUGCCCGGUCGGAAUCACGGGCGGGCGAUGAGAUUGUUAGGAGUCAGAGCCAGAACCCGAAUAAGAGGCAGGCGACGAGCCAGGUUCGCGAUCGGAGUGCUAUGGGGCUUCGGAACUCUUCGCAACAAGCGGUGGCAGAAAACAUCAAAAAGCGCUCGCAAACACGGUCCAACCUCCUCGCCAAAGCUGGAGAGUCCGACCGCGCGAUUCAGGUCAAGAAGCCCAAGCACUUGUUCUCGGGCAAGCGUGGGAACGGGUCCGCCAGUCACCGUUAAGAUUUUCCACUCCUCGCCAUCAUUCCUCUCCACUUCCAUCAUCACCUCCCCCAUCAUCACCCCGUAUCACCUGUAUACUAUCAUUACUCACCCACCAUUGGCCGUAUGGCUACUGUUCUUCAGAAAGUGCAUUUUUGUUUUCUUAGUUCGUAGGAUGAGAUUUGGGUCUAGGUUAUUUAUUUCAACUUUCCUGUCGUAUCUACUCCAUUUUCGUCAUUUUAAUCGAACCAUCGUUAUCAUCAAAAAG